AUUAGACAUCUGAUUUUGGCAUUUCGAAAUAUCCAAUGUUAAUUUUGAUUUUUGGUUGCGACCUUCGAGUUUCCGUAAUCAGUUUACAAUUCUGUGAUUGUUAUAUUUCGCAAUUAUUAAUUAAAAAUAGUUUAUUCUAUGAUUUAAAUCCGUUCUUCAAACUCAUAGCUGAAUUAAAAAUGUCGCAUAACAGAAAUAAGUAUGAAAAAGCUAGAAGACGAUUAGCUGCUGUUACUUUUCUUUCUAAUAUUUCUUUAGAUGGCUCAUUUAAAGAUACAGAGCUCUGCCAGAUUUUAGACAAAUCAUCUAAAACUGACAAAUGUGAUUCUGCUUCUAAGGCAAAGAAUGUUGCGAAUCAUAAUGAAAAGGAUGUUACACGCCACAAAAUCCGCAGUGGAACCAAAUUGCCGCAAUGCAGCCCUGUUCAUAGAAUGGGAAGUGACAACCAUUCAUUGAAUUCAGAUUCAGAGUUUGCACACAUGACCCCCAUAAAGAAUGCUUGUAAUAAUUCAUUUAGAGAAAGGUGUUCUUCUGGAAAUGCUGAGUUGUAUAAGGAUAGGCACCCAUCACUCCGCAUCAGGAAAACCUGUACACAAGAAGAGAAAAGCAGUGCAGAAAGUUUAAAUUUUGGUCGCCUAAGAACCAGUAGCACUUGUAUUCCAGAAAAACAAACUUACACCAAGGAGUUCAAACUAUUUCGGGCCACUAAGGGAGUAUCAUUCAAAGAUGAAAGACUUGCUUUUACACCAUCACAAGGAGUACCAUGUGCUAUAUUUAGUACAAUACCUUAUUCAAAAACUUCGAGAUGUGCAAGAUCGGAUUUGAGGAAAGAUGGAGUCAGACGAAGAAAUACAUCUGGCCCAAGACCACUUUCUGCAAUAACUGAUAAUGGUGUGGAUCCCUUUGACUUGCUAGGCUUAGAACGUGAGGAACACGGACAAGAUAUAUCCUAUUCUAAACUCUUAGUACCAUCAAGAAUAUGCACAAGAGAACAGUAUAGGAAAAUGUAUGAAGCUGAUUUUACCGACAAGGCCUCAUGGAAAGUGCUCAACCGGCAUCCUCAUGUAAUAGCAAGGACUAAGUUAUUGACGAGGCACAAGGAUAAAAAAUGGUGCUUCUCAUAUGAAUCAGCUCAGAGAAGCACAAUAGCGUCAUCUCCUCCACAUUCAUCGAUUGAAAACAAAACGUUCGAUUGGGAAGAAGAGGCACUUUUAGCACAAAAAUAUGGAAGUGCAAAGGUGCAUUAUUGUCCGAAUGUGCUUGACGAUCCUGAAUUAAUAGCGGGGAAGCACAGGACUCUGCUCACGUUCACCUCGUAUAUGACGUCAAUAAUUGAUUACGUCAGACCUCAGGAUUUGAAGAAAGAGCUAAACGACAAAUUCAGGGAGAAAUUCCCGCACAUCAAGCUAACUCUUAGCAAAUUAAGGAGCAUCAAGAAAGAGAUGAGAAAGAUAGCGAAACAUGAUAGCGGCGGAAUCGAUUUACUUUCCGUCGCCCAAGCGUAUGUUUAUUUCGAAAAGUUGAUCUUAGCAAACCUUAUAAAUAAGGACAAUAGAAAAUUGUGCGCUGGCGCCUGUUUGUUAUUGUCGGCCAAACUCAAUGACGUUAAAGGGGAAAUGCUCAAAGCGCUGAUAGAGCGAAUCGAAACAACAUUCCGGGUGAACAGGAAGGAUCUGAUGAAGUUCGAGUUCGCUGUGCUGGUGGCGCUCGAGUUCGGCCUGCACGUGCCGCCCUACGAGGUGUUCCCGCACUACCAGCGGCUGCUGCACGACUCGUGACCUUGGCGCCGGCUGGCCUUCGAGCCGUGUCUGCGGACGUACCACCGCAGGCGGGCCAGCAUCGUGGACAACUUGCGGGCCAACGCGUGGAUAUAGAGGGGUGAGGGGAGGG